AUGUCUUCUUCAAAUGAUAAGGCUCUCAUCAAGGGAGCAUUGGACUUGGACCCAUGGUUGGAGCCUUACUCCAAUGCCAUGAUCAGCCGCCAAUUGCAGUUCAGGGACUGGUUAGCUACAUUGCGUAAGUCGGAGGGCUCCGUGGCAGACUUUGCCAACGCCUACGAGAAGUAUGGACUUCAUGCUGACCCAGCAACCAAGUCCGUCACCAUUUAUGAGUAUAUUCCCGACGUUGAGCUGGUCUCCUUGGUGGGAGAGUUCAACAACUGGGAUACAGAGGCGCAUAAACUCAACAAGGGCGACUACGGGGUGUGGUCGUUGACCAUUCCGGCCAAAGAUGGUGACUAUGCUAUUCCUCACGACUCCAAGUACAAGAUCUCUAUGGUGCUUCCUUCUGGCGAGAGAAUCUUUCGUCUCGACCCUUGGGUCACUCGUGCUACGCCAUCUACCGAGAAUACCUUGUAUGAGGGCCGUUUCUGGAAUCCUGCGGAUCAUUACAAGUUCCAGAAUGCCCGUCCCAAGUUUAAGGACCAUGACGGCUUGAAGAUUUAUGAGGCUCACGUUGGAAUCUCGUCGUCUGAGCCCAAAAUCGGCUCCUACAAGGAGUUCACUCGUGAUGUAUUGCCGCUCAUUCACAAAUUGGGCUACAAUGCCAUUCAAUUGAUGGCUGUUAUGGAGCAUGCUUACUAUGCCAGUUUCGGCUACCAAGUCACCAAUUUCUUUGCUAUUUCUUCUAGAUGCGGAACUCCGGAGGAAUUGAAGGAAUUGAUUGACACCGCUCAUGGUUUGGGCAUCCGUGUGUUGCUUGAUGUGGUGCAUUCUCAUUCCUCCAAGAACGUCGAGGACGGUUUGAACAUGUUCAACGGUACUGAUCAUUACUUAUUUCACGGAGGAGGCAGAGGUAACCAUGACUUGUGGGAUUCGCGUUUGUUUAACUACUCCAGCUAUGAAACCUUGCGUUUCUUGUUGUCCAACUUGAAGUUCUUUAUUGACGUAUUCCAAUUUGAUGGUUUUAGAUUCGACGGUGUCACCUCCAUGUUGUACAGACACCACGGAUUGAGCUAUGGUUUCAGCGGUGAUUACAAUGAGUACUUUAACCCGGAAUUGGUGGACAACGAGGCCAUCACUUACCUCAUGUUAGCCCAUGAGUUGCUCAAUGAGAUUUCUGCCAGAGAGAACAACUUCAAGUUCAUCUCCAUUGCUGAGGAUGUCAGUGGAAUGCCAACUUUGUGUUUGCCUAUUAGCGAGGGUGGUAUUGGUUUUGACUACAGAUUAUCCAUGGCUAUUCCAGACAUGUGGAUUAAGAUUUUGAAGCACUUACUGGAUGAUGAGUGGGAUAUGGGUAACAUUAUCUUCACCUUGACUAAUAGAAGACACGGCGAGAAAUGUAUCAGUUACUGUGAGUCUCAUGACCAGGCCUUAGUGGGCGACAAGACCAUUGCCUUCUGGCUCAUGGACAAGGAGAUGUACACUAACAUGUCUGUGCUUUCUCCGUUGACUGACAUUGUCUCAAGAGGUAUUGCUUUGCACAAGAUGAUUAGAUUGUUGACGUUUGCCUUGGGUGGUGAAGGUUACUUGAAUUUCGAAGGUAAUGAGUUUGGUCAUCCAGAAUGGUUGGACUUCCCUAGAGAAGGUAAUGGAGAGUCCUACCACUACGCCAGACGUCAAUUUAACUUAAUCCACGACGACUUGUUGCGUUACAAGUUCUUAUUCCAGUUCGAUUCUGCUAUGCUUCACUUGGACACCAAGUACGGAAUUUUGUUUGCUCCUCAAGCUUACAUAUCUUUGAAGCACGAGAUCGACAAGGUUGUUGUCUUUGAGAGAAACGGCCUCUUGUUCAUUUUUAACUUCCAUCCUACAGAGUCGUUUGCGGACUACAAGGUCGGAGUGGAAACUCCUGGAGAGUACCAGAUUGUCCUCAACUCUGAUGCUGCUGAGUUUGGCGGCUUCGACAGAAUUAAAGAUGUCACUGAAUCGGGCGAGAAGAUUGUGUUCCCAACCUCUCCUGAGAACUGGAACAACAGAUCUAACGCCCUUUUCAUUUACAUUCCUAGCAGAACUGCUUUGGUCUUGCAAUUGAAAGACAAGGUUGUUCAGUAA